AUGGGGGCGUCAGCAUCAGACCUUGAUCUUCUCUGUGAUGAUGAUUUUGCCUUCUGGCCUAUAAAGAUCCGACCAAAAUGCCGGAGAUUCUCCGGCGAUAACAAGCGUAGGCCUCCUUUAGCGACUUCAUCAAACAGUCCUCUUGUUUCAUCAUCGACGAGCAUAGAAACUGGUGAAUCAUCACAGAGCUUCUGUGAGAUUUGUGCGGAAACGAAAUGCCCAGGAUUGUAUUGCAAAAGUGUCCUUGAACUCGAUUCUUGCAGGUCAAUGAUACCCAAUGAGGUGCUUGCUCGGUGGGAUGAGUUGCUAUGUGAGUCACUGAUUCUUGCUGCCCAGAAGUUCUACUGUCCAUUUAAGGACUGUUCAGCCUUGUUGGUUAAUGACACUGAUGGAGUGAUUAGGGAGUCCGAGUGUCCCAUAUGCCGGCGAUUAUUCUGUGCGCAGUGUUCCGUGCCUUGGCAUUCAGGGAUUGGGUGUGAGGAGUUUCAGAGACUGAAUGAGGAUGAAAGAGGGAGGGAAGAUCUCAUGGUGAGAGAGCUUGCAAGAGACAGAAACUGGAUGAGAUGUCCUUGCUGCAAAUUCUAUAUGGAGAAGAACGAGGGCUGUUUACAUAUGACUUGCAGAUGUAAAUUCCAAUUCUGCUAUGCAUGUGGGGGAAAAUAG